AUAUAUUUAACAUAUAUUAUAUAUACGAUAAUAUGUUUAUACCUAUGCAUCUCGUAUCACGUUAAUGUUUCGCCGCCGCGUGCCGUACAUAUAUACAAAUCAUAUUGUAUCUAGAUUACUCACAUGUAUAUGUUUUAAUAUCAAUAAAUAAAUAUUGUUUUAUUUUACCAGGCCGCGAUUAAUUCCUUUUAUUAUAUAUUUUUGUCUGAUUAAGACGUUGUACUUUGUUGAUUCAUUAUUAAUCGAACGGGCUUCCACAGAUGCUCAAAAAUGUCUGCUGAAAGCUAAGACACCUCCGUGGUGUGUGCUCAAUAAUAUGCAACAAACUCAACAGCACUUUUCUUCUUCAGAAUACGAGUUACAACAGCAACAGCCACAAUAUCUUGGCAAACAUGAUGCAGCUGUCAAAUAUAUGCAACAACUUGGAUUGCAUAAACAAAAUAUAAAAGUUGAUUCUGAAAUCAGACCUUGUCUUGUUGCUGAAAAUGUGAUUAGUGAUCAAAAUAGUAGUUGUGGUAGCCCACCAUUAUCAAUUGUUGUAAAUGGAGAUGAACAACAUGGUUCAAGUACUCCAGUACCUUCUUCAGCCUCUAUAUCACGAUCCAAACCACAAGCUUGUCGUAUUUGUGGACGUGUUCUUGCUUCUACUUCUUCAUAUUAUGUUCAUCUAAAAUCACAUUCAAAUAAUAAGCCUUAUCGUUGUACACAGUGUGAAGCAUGUUUUUGUCGUAAACCUUACUUAGAAGUACAUAUGAGAACUCACACUGGUGAAAGACCAUACCAAUGUAAUUUAUGUCUUAAAAAAUUCUCUCAAAAAAGCAGUCUUAAUAUUCAUAAAAGAGUUCAUACAGGCGAACGUCCAUAUUCUUGUGACAUUUGCAAGAAAACUUUUGCUGUUAAAAGUUAUGUCGUUUCUCAUAAGUGGAGUCAUAUGACUGAAAAACCGUUUGUUUGUGAACAAUGUCAACUGUCAUUUAAUUCUAAGAUCCAAUUUGUUACCCAUAUUAGAUCUCAUGAUUUGGGACCUGCACACUGUUGUCAGUUUUGUGGAAAAGCAUUCGUGAAGGGAUGUUUUUUAGUUAGGCAUAUUAAUAAAGUGCACCGUUUCAAUGUUGCUGCAGCUACAGCAGCAAAUGACCACGAACCUGUACACAGUUCCUAUAUGCAAUCUGACACUAACUAUUCUAGCAUACGCUUUGAUCCUCGAGAAAUCAGCAUACUACCAACUACUAAAAAUGGUCCCCGUUUCUUAGGACCUACUUCACAUAGUUCAGAUGUUCCACCUCCAUUAACUCAUCUAACACCAAUGAUGUUGGGUCCACCUCAAAAUACUCGAGCAUAAAUUUUAUGUAUAUAAAAUAAUAUAAAUAGUAGAUUAUUUAUUUAAAUAAAUAUAAUAAUUAAGAAUUUUUUUAGUUUUAUCAGCUUAAUUUCAAAAUAAUGUUAGUUAUUCUUGUAUAAUGGCAUCAUCUUUAUUAAUAAAACCUAUUUAUAAUCAGCAUUCUUUUCUUACUCAAAAGCUGUUUUAUUUUUGUAAUAAUUAAAUGUAUAAUUGAAAAAUGACAUUUUUUGUACUUCAUAUUGAAUUAAUACUAAUUAUUCAGAUAUUAAUCAAUAAUUACUUUAUUUUACAAUCCAAUUAAAAAACAGAAUUUAAUGUGUAAAUUAAUGUAAACAUUUCUUUGAUGCCAAUUUAUAAGGGAUAAAAUUAGAAUAUCAUUUUUUUAACAUUAUUAAAUCUUUUUAGAAGAUAUAUAAGUUAAUUUCACUUCCGAAAAAAAUGUAUGACUAUAUUUUGCCGAUAAAAUAUUUAUCACAUAAUCCUUAUACAAUUUAUCUUUUUGAUAAUUCAAUAGACGUCUACAUAAUUUAUAUUCUUGAUUUAUAUUAUAUAUGUUGUAUAUAAUGUGUCUUUUUCUUGGUUAUUUAAAGGAAAAAACUAUUGUGGAUGUUUUAGAUUCACCCUUGACUAUAUUUUUAGAAACAUAGAACAAACAAUAACUAAGAAUAAAUUGUAGUUAAAUAAUAUUUUAUUAGAAUGUACUAAAAUCUGUUAUAUUUAACAUUAAUUAAUAGUUUUUUUUUUUUAAGUAAAUUUUUCUUUCAAGUUUAUAUAUUGAUAUACUUAAACUUCAUUAUUGAACUGAAAUUUUGUUUUGCUGGUACAGAAUGUUUUAAGAAACCGAAUAGCAAUAUAUAUUUAUGUACACUUUUUGUUACAUAUAUGCUGAAGAAUAGUAAACAAAUAUUGUGAUUCUAAUAUUUAGGGUAUUCUUACACAUUUUUUAUAAGUGAAGUUUCUAAGAUUUCUGAUAUUAGAUUAACUGUAUUUUAUUAUACUUAAUAAUUUUGCUUUGUAUAUUUAUUACAAAAAUUAACAAAUUAUUCAUCAUGAUUAUUUUUACUGUCUGUAAGUUUUUUCCUAGUGAUAUAAACUCAUAUAAAAAUGAUUUUUUUAUUUUUUGUUGAAAUUUGUAAUUUUAGUUAUCAAAAGUACUCUAUAAACUAUGGGGAGAAAUACAUAUAAUUUUACUUAUCACCUUAGUUACAAAAAUAUCCUGAUGCCACAUCAAGCCAUUUAAAUGGUAGUAUGUUGUGAUUUAUAUUUUCUAUGGCCUAGGUGCUAUCAUGUAAAAUAGAUGCACUUAGUGUGAUGCCAAAUUUAAGGUAAACUGCUGAAGUAUUUUUAAAAAGAAAAUUUAUAUGCUAUUAGUUUACAAUUAAGAACUUUUGACACUUUUUUGUGUAAAAUUAUGAUUUUUAAAAGUUUUCUUUUAAAAUGCAAAAUAAUUGAUAGCAUCACUUAAAGUGCACAUAUUAGAAUAUACUGUAUAAGUUUUCAUAAAUGAUAAUUGGUUUCCUUAGUUUAUUAUGCGAUUUAAUGUAUUUUAAUGUUUAUAUAAUAUAUUUUAUAAAUAAACAAAUAGCAUUUACUACCAAAUGUAGCUAUAAUAUUUUGAUACUAGAAUAAAAAUAUUAAUUUUAAGACAAAAAAAGGGAAAUCCUUUUAAUAGACUUUGGUAGACUGAAAUUAAUUUUCACAAAAAUAUUGGUUUUUUGUUAACUAUAUGUAAGUUAUAAAAUAAAAUUUGAUUGUAAAAUAUUUCUGCAAUAUGAACAAAUGUAUGUUUUUAUGACAGUAAAUUAGAUUUAUAAAUAAAAUUACCCACAUCUUAUGUUUAUUUAUUACUUUUGUAAAAAAUUAUAAUGCUUAAUUGGUUAAAAUUUUAUCUACCACUCGCAUUCUGAAUUAUUAGAUUGUUAUAAUUAUAUAGAUAUGAAGUAUAUUGUACUUGGUAAUAAAUUUUUUUAUGUCCUUAGAAUGAAAAGGUUUCUUUUUAUUUAAUAUUAUUUAAUAUUGUACAACAGAAAUGGCAACUUAAAAAAUAAAUUAUCAUAUAAAAUGUGUA